CUCUAGCCGUUUUGGCCCAAGCCAUUCUGGAUGCACCCCGCGCGCAUGGACGCAUGGCCGCCACGAUCCCAGAGCUCGCGCGCCACGACCCCGCGGAGUCGCCCGCCAUGAGCCCGGACCUCUUCUGGCAGAAGCUCUCCGAGCUCGCUGCGGAGUACGAGAGCCUGCACGCGAGCUCCGCCGACCGCGCGGGGAGCCGGAGCCCCGGGAGCAGCCCGUGCCGCAGGAAGCGCCCCAGCCUUGCGACAAGCAGCGCCGGCCUCCAGCCCAUGACGCCGGCGACCUCGGCCGACGUCGUGUUCGCGCGCGCCCGUAGCGUCGAGAGCAGCCCCGCGCCGUCGUCCCGCGGCGACGGCGAGGGCAGCAGCACACUGGGCAGCGCACUGGGCAGGAGCCCAAAGGUGCGGCGCGCCGUGAGCCUGAUGCUGGCUCGGGCCGCGCGACCGCGCCGCGCGGGGCUGGGGCUGAUGGUGCGGGCCGGCAGCCGGUCCAGCGGGGCGGGCUCGGGGACGGGAUCUUUCGACGAGAAGAGCAUGCAGGCAUGCCCGUCGGUGAAGGAGGAGGACCGUUUCAACGCUGCCGUGCGGAGGACACAGAUGACGAUGAGAGUUAACACCCCGCCACCAGAAGAUGUGAGGUUUCUCCACCGGUUGGUGAAAAGCCGCGGAUUCAGCAUUGUAAUCGCCUGCCUGAUCAUACUCAGCACAGUGAUGAUCGGUAUCGAGACCCAGAUGCUUUCUAGCCUGUCGAGCGGUGGGUCCAGCUCAGAUCAGUUGAUACAUAUUUUGUCGGCAAUUAACUACGCACUCACUUUGUUGUUCACAGUGGAAAUAGUAGCCCGACUGUACGUGUUCAGGCUUGACUUUUUCGUUCACGAAAGAGUGUGGAAUAUCUUUGACGUUCUCAUCCUGCUGCUGGCGCUUGUCGAGAUUGCCCUGGAGUUCGUGGUGCAAGCGUUAUCUGGCAGCAAGGACGACAUCUUUGACAGCGGUGGCUCGGCGAAGGUCCUGCGCCUCUUCCGCCUGACUCGGCUCCUUCGCCUCGUCCGAACGUUUCGUCAGCUCAAGCCCCUGCGGCUACUGCUGCACUCGCUGUACUGCGCCGGCAAGUCUGUGAUCUGGGCGCUCUUGCUGCUUCUCGUGAUCGUGUACUCGUUCGGCGUCAUUCUGACUCAGGCGGUGACGGAGCACACUGAGGGCGGCACGCGAGUCGAGGACCAGAAUUUGUUGGCUUACUACGGGGAUCUUUAUCGGUCAAUGCUGAGCCUCUGGUGGGCUGUGUCUGGGGGUAUCAGCUGGAACGAGCUCACCGUCCCGCUCGAGGCCACAGGCAACUCGCUGUGGGUAACGCUGUUCUUGGUUUACAUUGCCUUCGUCUAUUUUUUUAUUUUGAACGUUGUCACCGGGGUGUCGAAAACGCUAUCGAGGGUGCUCAACAAGACCUGGAGCUGACCAUUGAAGCUCAGCUCAGGGAGAAGAACAUGUACGCAAACCGCCUGAGGAUGCUGUUCGGCGAGAUGAACGAGUUCUCGCAGGAUGUGAGCGAAGGGCUGACAGCAGCCGAGAUCCACUUCCAGCUGGCCAAACCAAAGGUGCAGUCAUGGUUCAAAUUUGCAGAGGCCGCAUUUCAGUUUGGCACACGUCACAGAUUACAUUAGACUCUGGCCCUUCCUCUUCCCUCACCUCCUCGCGGCCUCGCAGGUCCUUUGCAGAUUCGCAGCUUUUUGUAUGCCUCGCAGUUCAUAUGCACGUCUGCAUGUCUACGGGAGGCCAUGGCCUCACC